UCGGGGCUGUAAAGUCUCUGCUGUCUCUGAACUUCUUUUAUCGCGGGAGGUUCGAGUUUUUAGACAGCUUUCUCCGUGUGCAUCGCCUUGCCGCUACUUUUGACUGGCGGUUUCUCUGCGAGCUUUGUCGAGGGACUCUUGUAGCGUCUCUCUCUUCCGUUACCCGCAGAAAUUCUCCCCGGUCUCGGAGCGGAACUUUUUCUGCCUCUUCAUGCCUCGCACUUUCACUGCUCGCGCGUGAGCGGGCAGAUGGGGGGAAGUCCUGCAACGGAAAUCCGGAUUCUUCUCGUUUUUCCCCUGCCCUUUCACAGGGCUCGUUGUCUUCUUUCGCUCCUGUCUCCACUUGGGAGUUCUUUCUUCUCUCCUUUCCUCCGUCUUGCUUUCUUGUCGCCCGAGUUUGCGAAAAACCGAGCCGCGCCUUCCUCGCUCUGCACCGACGUGUGUCGCAGGCCUCAAACGCUCUCGACUUUCUCCUGGCUUUCUGUGGCCGGCUUUCGUCGCCUUUUUUCUGCUCCACAACGCAGACGCAAAUCAACUUUUCCAGCGACGAAGGCCGUUUCUGCAGGGAGAGCGCAUAAAGCAGCAAAAGCGGACUCUUCGUGAAGUGAGCGCAUCGUGGAGAGCUCGCGGGCCUCAGUGCGCAUGCGCGAGAGAAAAACACUCACUUCCCUCUGGAGCUUGGAAACGCGUUCGUCGGCUUCUGCUGCGACUGCUCUGCGACUCCACCGUGUCUCUUUUCGCCUAUCCUGAAAAGAAAAACAGGAAACCUCGGGGGAGACAUCUCUUCCGGCCGUUCAGCUCCCUCACAAAGUGCUGAACUCGAAAGGGCACGAGAGUUCAUCUUCUCUCACGGUGUCUCUCUCGCCUUCUCACUCCCCUUCCCGUUCCCCGAUCGUUUCGUUCCCUUUCUCACUUCCCCUGCUUUGUUUUUCUCGCGAGUCGCCGUGCGGCCUCUCCGUGUUUCCUCCCCAUUCUCAACCAUGAGGAGCCUGCGCUCGUUCUCCACCUCUCGGUGGACUCGCGGGGCUUCGCUCUCGCACCCGACGGCGCGUCGUUCGCCGUCUGCCUCUCUGUCUCUUUCCUCGUCUCUCCUGUCUCCCGUCGUUGUGUCGGCGCGGGAGUCUCUUCUCGGGAGCUCUCGGCGCUCUGCAUGCGGGGCCUCGCGGCUCCUGGCGUGCGACUUCGCCUCCUCGCGCCCGACGAGCGCGGCAGCUCUGACCGGCGCGCCUCUCGCCUCCGAGUCGUUUCUCACGGGGACGAGUGCUGCGUACGUCGAGCAGAUGUACAACGCCUGGCAGCGAGAUCCGAGCUCUGUGCAUGCGUCUUGGAACGCGUACUUCACGAACGUGUUGCAGGAUUUGCCCGCAGGUGCCUCCUUCUGUCUCCCGCCCUCUGCAGGUGUCUCUUCGGGCCUGCUUGGCUCCACGACCGCGGUCGGAGGCGCGGCGCGGGGCGCACCGUUCAUCUCUUCGGCGCCAGGGUCGCUGCCGGCGGGUGCGUCGUUUGUGACUCCGGAGUCGCUGCCGGUCUCCCCGCAACAGAGUGUACACGACACCAGUCGCUUGAUUCAGAUGGUUCGCGGCUAUCAAAUGCGCGGACAUGAGAUCGCCGCUGUGAACCCACUGUCUCUGCCCCAGGAGACACCCUUCGUUUCUGGGUCUCGCGGCCCGACGCCCGCGGGGACGCUCGACUUCGAGGCGUACGGCUUCACGAAGGCAGACCUCGACAAGGUCUACGAUUGCCGCGUGGACGGCAUGUGCGGUUUUCUCUCUCCGGAGUUCCCGCCGCGUCCGCUGCGGCAGAUCAUUCAGCGUCUGGAGGAGGCGUACUGCGGCUCGGUUGGGGUCGAGUACAUGCACAUCGGAGAUCGAAACGUCUGCAACUUCAUUCGGCAGUGGAUCGAGACGCCUGCCAAGUACGGCUUCACGACGGACAUGAAGAAGAAGAUCCUUGCGAGGACGGCGCGUUCGCAGAUGUUCGAGAACUUCUGUGGGCAGAAGUUCAGCACCAGCAAGCGCUUCGGCCUCGACGGCUGCGAGACGAUGAUCGUCGCGAUGAAAGCCAUCACGAAGAAAGCCGCGCGGGAGGGCGUCAACAGUGUGGUGAUCGGGAUGCCUCACCGCGGGCGUCUCAAUGUUCUUGUGAACGUUCUGCACAAGCCGAUGCAGCAGCUGCUGUCGGAGUUCCUGGGCGUCACCUCUUACUCGUCGGCGGAAUGGGGGAACUCGGGAGACGUCAAGUAUCACUUGGGGGUCGAGUUCGAUCACUUCGACGCCGACGCUCAGCGGUACAUACACAUGGGCGUCCUCGCGAAUCCGUCGCAUCUGGAGGCGGUCGAUCCGCUUGUGAUUGGCCAAGCGCGCGCGCAGCAGUACUACUCCGAAGACGAAGACUCGACGAAGGUAUUGCCUGUGAUUCUCCACGGCGACGCGUCGGUCGCAGGCCAGGGCGUCGUCUACGAGACUCUCCAGAUGUCGCAGCUCCCGAACUACCGCGUCGGUGGAACGAUUCAUAUCGUCGUGAACAACCAAAUCGGCUUCACCACCAAUCCGGUCGACUCGAGCAGCGGACGCUACUGCACAGACAUCGCGAAGGCACUGGACGCCCCAGUGUUCCACGUUAAUGCAGACGACCCAGAGGCUGUGACCUUCGUCAGCGAACUGGCCCUCGAGUACCGACAGAGAUUCAAGGGAGAUGUAUUCAUCGACCUGAUUGGAUACAGACGGCUCGGCCACAACGAACUGGACAUGCCCAAGUUCACUCAGCCGCGCAUGUACAACUUGAUCUCGAAAAAGAAAAGCGUCUUCGACAUCUACUCUGAACGCCUCCUCAAUGAGGGAGUUGUCACCGAAGCAGAUCUGCAACAGCUGAAACAGAACAUCUUGGCAUUUUACAAUGCCGAGUACGAAAAGUGCAGAGACUUCCUCCCAAGCCAGCAGUACGAGUACUCGCCUCAAUGGAAGCAUCUCGUUCGCCCAGACGUCCCUGCCGCGCCGCAGCUUACAGGUGUACCGUUGGAUCGUCUACGCGAGCUUGGAACGAAGAUUUUCACACUUCCGCCCGACUUCAACGUGCAUCCGACUGUGGGGAAGAUUUACAAAGAGCGCUUGAAUGCAAUCCAGGCUGCACCAGACGAGAAUUUAAUUGAUUUCGGAACUGCUGAGAACCUCUGCUACGCCACCCUUCUCUCUGAUGGAUUCCACGUCCGCAUCGCUGGCCAAGAUGUGCAGCGAGGUACUUUUUCUCACCGCCACGCUGUGCUGCACGAUCAAACGACCUUCGAGCCUUACUCGAUCUUUGACUCGUUGAAGUGCUACGGCUUCCCCCAUAAAAUUCAAACCGUCAACUCGCCGCUCUCCGAAUAUGCUGCGAUGGGCUACGAACUCGGCUACUCGCUCGAACAUCCUGACUCUCUGUGCAUUUGGGAGGCGCAGUUCGGGGACUUUGCGAACGGCGCACAAAUCAUCAUCGAUCAGUUCAUCGCCAGCGGUGAAGUCAAGUGGAACAAGCAAACCGGCAUUGUGGUCAUGCUCCCGCACGGCUACGACGGACAAGGCCCGGAACAUUCGUCCGGACGCAUCGAGAGAAUUCUUCAACUUUGCGACGACCGCGAGGACGUCAUUCACCAUGAAAACUGGGAACUGGAGAAGUCCAGCAUCAUUCAGCAACACAAUCUCCAGGUGAUCAUGCCGAGCACACCGGCAAACACCUUCCACGCGCUGCGUCGACAGGUUCAUCGCGAAUUCCGAAAGCCUCUGAUCAUCUUCUCUCCCAAGCGCAUGCUGAAAAUGCGGGCGGCCAUGUGCACGCUGAACCAACUCAACGAGGGCACUCGCUUCAGAAGAUACAUCCCCGACAAGACUGCCGAACCCGAGAAGGUCACGCGCCUAAUUGCGUGCAGUGGUCAGGUCUACUACGACCUCAUUGCUGGCAAAGACAAGAUGAAGAACGGCGACGAAAACGGAGAUGGCGACAAGAUCGCCAUUGCGCGCAUGGAGCAGCUGUCUCCCUUCCCCUUUGAUCUUUUCAUUGAGGACCUGAAGCGCUUCCCGAAUCUCAAGUCUGUCGUCUGGGCGCAAGAAGAGCCCAUGAACCAAGGUGCUUGGUUCUACACAUCCAAACGCAUUGAAUCUUCGCUGCGACACCUGAAUUUCCCGAACGGCAUUCGGUCUCCAAUCUACGCUGGCCGAGACGUUUGCGCGGCGACUGCUGUCGGCGACAAGAAACUCCACGACCAAGAGCUAGCGCAACUCCUGCAAGACGCCCUCGACAUCAACCGCACCACUCACUCGUACUUGGAAAAAUAUUUGCACAAACAAGAAAACAAAUAAAAACAGAUGUACGCAUGUGCAAAUAUACAAACAUAUAUAUAUAUAUAUAUAUAUAUGGGUGUAUUUGUAUGUAGGUGAAUGCGUAUCACAAACUAACAGCUGCAAAUAAAUCAGUGUACAUAUGUAAAGAUAUUCGUAUGGAAAUCGAUACAUUUUUGUGAACCUAAGUAUAUGCAUAUUUACGUAGGUGAGCAUGUGUAUCGUAUACAAAUAGGCAUGUAUGGGCAUGCAGUAUGUGUGCCCAGUGUCGUCCACAGCUCUCUCUGGUCUGGGAGUCUCCAGGAGAUAUGAGUUUUGGGGAGCUGUGCAGUACCGCUGAAUGUGUCUCGUUUUUCAUGUUGCCCCUCUCAGGAGCUGGGGGACCGUUUCGAUUUUUUUUGACUGCAUGCGCGUUUCGGGGCGACUCUGAAGCUUCUCGCAGCGUUCUUUUCACUCUGCGAGUUCGCCUUUGACGUCUGCGCAAUUCUCCUUCCCAGAGAUUAAUCUCUGGAUGUUUGGAGCUGAAGACAGACGUCUUUCUCGCGACGUCUGAGGGCGACGAAAAAUGGACUCGGCGCGUCUCCCCGUGUGGAUGUCGUCAAAAAAUCGAAUUGCUCGUUUCAACGCGACCACUCUUCAAAAAUUUUUCGACCGAAGCAACGGGGAAACUGCGCGUCGCGAAAGUCGCAUGCAUUCUGGAAAAAACGAAACAGUCCUGCUUCAUGAUAGGCAGAAGCCGCGAGUUUUGUAGAUACGGCGACUCACACAUAAUUCCCUACAGAUAUAUCCAAAUUCAUAUAUAUAUAUAUAUAUAUAUAUCUUUAUAUUUGUAGAUAUGGUUAAUAAGACACAUAUGCUCAUAUACGCGUUAAUAUAUAUCUAGGUACGUAUGCGUUAUAUAUGUUGAUGCAUUUGUAGAUCCACGGUCAGAUAAGCACAUGUUUAUAUACACAGUAGAUUGCGAUAUGUGGAGGAUGUGAGG